GCUCUUAUCCAACAGAAAGCCCCUUCUUUCAAUGAGAAAAAGGAAAAGAAAAGGAACAGGAAAAUCAAAGAAAUUAUAGCGAUAAAGAUCUCGAUAUUGAAAGAGGAGAGAGAGAGAGAGAGUGAGAGGAGGGAGAGGAGAGAGAGAGAGAGAGAGCAAUGGCUUUAAUAAUUAAAGCCGCUGGUUUCUCUCUCAUCUCCCUCUAAACCCACGAGAAUUAGUACCCAAAAAAAUAAAAAUCAAAAACUUCGGUCCUUUUCCCUUCAAGAAAUGGCAAGAGCCGAAAAAGUCCGGCGAAUCUUCGAGCGGUUCGACGUUAACGCGCGACGAGAUGGCGGCGUUAGUCGUCGCGUAACCCUCGCGUCAGUUCAGCAGAUCUCCGCGAUCCUCGACGAGGUUUUUCGAACGUACUCGGAGUUCAUCGUCCCUAACGGCGUCGGUCUUUCCCUUGACGGCCUUUUAAGAACCUACGAUGACGGCGCCGGUGACGUUGACCGUGACUUUGACGCCCUCUCUCUCCCUCCUCCGUCUCCACCUCCUCAAGAUCCAGACCUUAACCCUAAAAUUACCGAUUUGUCCCUGCCCUCCUCCUCCAAUUCCGCCAAGAUCCCGGCUUCCGCCGCUCAACCCACCGGAGUCGCCUACGACGCCACAUGGCAGCUCCUCGACGACCUCGAGAUCCUGAUCAAGCGCCUCCACAAGUCCGCAGAGAAAACCAGCAGCAGCAACAACAACAACAACUCUGAUUCCUUCUCGGAGACGGGCUGGUCACGUGAGAUGGGCCCCACCGACCGGCAGAUCACGUGGGACGAGUCGUCGCCGGACUACGCUGUGUUCGCCAAGGAGGUGGCCGGGCUUAGGGCGCGUGCGGACAGUUCGAGGGCAAAGGAUGAGGCUUUUGAUGGUCAGAUGGCGAUUGGGAAAGCUCUUUACGAUCACCAGCUGUUUUCUGAAGCGCUGAAGAGCUUUCAGCGAGCGUGCGAGCUGCAGCCCACCGACGUUCGACCCCAUUUUCGAGCAGGUAACACUCUUUAUGCUUUAGGUAAGCAUUCGGAUGCGAAAGAGGAGUUUUUGUUGGCAUUGGAAGCUGGUGAGGCCAGUGGGAAUCAGUGGGCACAGUUGUUACCUCAGAUUCAUGUCAAUUUGGGGAUCGCAAUGGAAGCAGAAGGGAUGGUUCUUAGUGCUUGUGAGCAUUAUAGGGAAGCAGCGAUCCUUUGCCCGAGCCAUUUUAGGGCCUUGAAGCUCCUCGGGAGCGCAUUGUUUGGGGUCGGAGAGUAUCGGGCAGCGGAGAAAGCUUUGGAGGAGGCAGUGUUCUUGAAACCAGAUUACGCAGAUGCACAUUGUGAUCUUGGGUCGGCGUUGCAUGCUAUGGGUGACGAUGAACGAGCGAUUCAGGAGUUUCAGAAGGCGAUUGAUUUGAAACCGGGUCAUGUAGAUGCGUUGUAUAAUUUGGGAGGGUUGUACAUGGAUAUGGGUCGUUUUGCUAGGGCUUCGGAGAUGUACACUAGGGUUUUGAGUGUUCGGCCUAAUAAUUGGAGGGCGCAGUUGAAUAAGGCUGUUGCUCUCUUGGGAGCCGGAGAGGCUGAGGAUGCAAAGAAAGCUCUUAAGGAUGCGUUUAAGAUGACAAAGAGGGUCGAGGUUUAUGAUGCCAUUGCACACCUUAAGAUGCUUCAGAAGAAGAAGAAUAAGGGCAAGGGUAAUGACGGUGAUGGGGAGUCUGGAUUUCUUGUUGUGGAGGCUUCUAAGUUCAAGAGGGUUGGAAGGAAAACCACUUUAAGACAGGACUUGGCCAAUGCACUUGAGAUUCGGGCCUUUCAGAAGCUCACGAGGUUGAGCCGUUGUGAUGUGGAAGUCUUGAAGAAGGAGAUGAAUGAGACUGAUGUUCCUGUAUCUUAUUCAGGAAGUGGAGUCCCAGAAAAAUCCAUUCGGAAAGCAGCCUUGGAAGUCAUCCUCCGGAAAAUUCUGAAUUUUCUCAAGGCCGAAACAUUCCUAGGAGCUGUCAAAGCUAUAAAUGAGAGGGUACUUUCUGUAUUGGAUAGUUCGGGUUCUGGUCGUGUGGAUUUGGGCAUGUUCUUUGCUGUUCUUGCUCCAAUUUGUUCGGGACCUACUGAUAAAAGAAAGAGGGUUGUCUUUGAUGCGCUCCUCUGGCGGCCUAACAAUGAAAAUGGGUCACAAAUUUGGAGAAGUGAUGCUGUUGCAUAUAUUAAAUUCCUCAGAGCAGUUUACAUACCUUCUCAUGGUGUUAGUGAUAUGAUGGAAUUGCACGGGGAAUCAGAUCAGUCGUUGAUAUCUUAUACUGAGUUUCUUGAGAUGUUCAAUGAUCGGGAUUGGGGUUUUGGGAUUUUGAACACUUUGGUGAAGCUUGAAAAUGGUGAUCGGAUGCGCCAUGGUGGGCGUUCUUGUUCAAUAUGCAGGUACCCGAUCAUUGGUUCUAGGUUCAAGGAGACAAAGCAUCAUUUCAGCUUGUGUAAUCGCUGCUAUAGUGAAGGGAAGGUGCCCUCCACUUUCAAGCAGGAGGAGUAUCGGUUCAAAGAGUAUGGGAGCGAGGCUGAAGCCAUGAAAGAUAAGUGUUUGUGCUUUAAUUUACAAUCUAAUGCCUUAAAUGGUGAUCCAUAGGUUGGAGAUUUCAGUGUUGUGUCUCUCUGUAUGCGAUGUUAAAAUAGUUGUGCGCAUGUCUGAUUAGUCAUGCAUGCACUUAAACUGAAGGCGUUGUGUAGUGUUUUUUGGUCCUUUUUGUUCUGUGAAAACCUUGUGUAGUGUUUUUUGUUUUUGUUCUGUGAAAACCUUGUGUAGUGUUUUUUGUUUAUUAGUGCACGAUAAUUAAGAAUAUACUCAUGGUGAUUUUUACUUAA